CUGUACAUUUGACAGCUUUGCUGCCUUGUUUUAAAUAUUACCGUAUAUGGUUAACCUUUUUUUCAGUGAUUGUUUCAUGAUUAGAUUUUAAAGAUUACAAGAUGAAUGGAAUGAAAACAAAUGCUUUAUUUUGAUAAUCACUAUAUCCUGCUUAUUGCUUUGCGCAAAGAGCCAGUAGAUUAAUAUAUUUUUUUCAAGUCUAAUAAGGAACUAUUGUACGCAGCAACCGUUGAUCACCAUGUUAUUCUGGAAUAAGUAAGAAUAGAAUCAACAGUGUUGACGUCAUUUCAACGAAAAUCGGAAACCAAAUAAAAGUGCUUGCUAAGCUUUUCUGUGCUUUACAUCAACUUUAACCCCAAAAAUAUUAUUGGUGAGCCUAAGAGAGAGAGAGGGAGAGAGAGAGAGAGAGGUGGGGGUAGGCCCCUAAUGCAUCAAAAUGAGCAUAAGGAUACAGUGAUAGCUCGCACUGGCUCGUCCACUCUGUUUUGUAAGUUAUUCUGAUUUAUAUGUGAAAAUAGUUUCAUUGGAUCUCAACUUUAAAAAGUAAUUCAGUUGUGACCAAGUCUGUCAGAGUGAACAGACACAACGGUCAAGAGAUAAAUCUAAUAUGUGGAUCUAUCGUAAAUGAAAACUUUAAAAAUUUUCUUCUGAUUUAGUUUUCAAUGCUUUAAAUGCACACGUUCAAAGAUUUACAGAGUGAGCCAAAAGGAAAAGUGCAACAAUAUAUUACCUCAUUAAUACAUGUACACGUAGACCUACUUAUUGUCUGUUCACCCGUGUCAGCUUGAUGUAUCCCUGAGCAUUGGCUUGCUCUUCACAGGGUUCUUUCGUAUAUAAUGUCCUUUGUUAAACAUAACAUCAUUAGUAUCUAUACUGAGGGGUAUUAUAUCCAUUGGUAAACAUUAAAACAUAAAUAUCUAAAAUUUAAUUUAACAGGAACAAAUUGCAUAUUGUUUGUACGAAAAAAAAUUAUUUUAUAAAGAUUAAGCCCUACUGAAUUAGUGAAAAUAUUUUAAAUUAAAAUAACCAAAGUCUUAGAAUAAAUAAUGGGCUUACAGCUUUAAGUGACAUCUUUCCUGAAUAUAUACACUAUCACUGAAGGUUAUAGUUAUUUUAUUUUAUUCAUUAUUUAAAAAAUUUUCACUGUUUAUUCCCAGCGACGUGGUCGUUACAUGCAACGUCAUUUUGAGGGUUCAUAUCAAAUCACCGUAUAGACCUUUAAGAAAUAAAUAAGUUAUCCCCAGAGAAGGCGUAGAAACCGAAAGCUUGGAUAGGAUACUACAUCUUUUUCAUGAGAUCUUCAUAGAUGCAUCAUUAUGAUAACUUCUUUAUACAACGUCAUUAUGACGACGCCGCUGCACGCGAUCACAACGACGUACGUAAGUAACAACUAUUUGAUUGAAAAUAGCGUCAUUUGAAGACACAUGCAAUGGUAGUAGACUCUAUGCGAUCGUUGGUGGCUGCAAUUGUGUAGUGUCCUGCUUUGGACUUUGGUAAUGCAGCAAACCAUUGCAUGAACAGCGUCACUGUUCACAAAGAAGAUAAUCUUAAUGCUGGAUUUUGAAGUUAAUGUGUGACUUGAUCAACGGGUGCUGUUGUAGGCCUACCUGAUUACGUACGAUAGUUUGUAAAGACGACUUCAGAAGCUGGAAAGGCAAUGUGCUUAUGCAGCACCGUUUUACUAGAAUAUAUCUACAUCUAGCUGUAAAUAUUUACACGUCUUAUAGUGUAGUUCUCCCUCACCAUGGCAGCAGUUGAUUUUUCUGGUUCUUGGAAAGUGUACAGAAGUGAAAAUUUUGAGGCUUUCAUGAACAAAGUUGGUAUUGGCUUCAUAAAGAAAAAAAUUGCUGCUAACACCAACCCAACGGUAACAAUAGAACAAAAUGAAGACAACUUUAAAACUAAAUUUAGCAUGGGACCAAUAUCAAAAGAAAGUGCCUUUGCAAUUGGGACUGAAAUGAACGUUGAUGAAUUUGACAAGAAAAUGAAGACCACUCCUGCUUGGGAGGGGUCCAAGCUGGUAUUCCGUUGUGUUCCGGUAGACGGCGACGGCGACUCCGUUAUCAUGACCAGGGAGAUCGUAGACGGGGAGAUGGUGCAGGAGAUGACAUGCGGUGAAGUGACUUCAAAACGAUUUUUUAAAAGAGUUCAGUAGGGUCUAGUAUUUACUGCUUCCAGGGAGAGACACGUAUUGUACAAACUGAAAAACCGCUCUGUUCGAUUGUACAGGUCAAAUGAAGACAGAGAAGCAGCGAAUUUUUUCAAAUCGUGUGAAGCUCAUACUACGUGUACAUAUAAACUGCAUGAUCAAAACUCCCCAGCGAGGUUUAAUUUUGAUGAAAAUUCAUGUGUCUACUUAUCGCAAAACAAAGUCCAAAAAUAUAUCGUUUAUGUUGUUCUUUGGAUUGUAUAUUAAAUUAAUUGUAUCAGUUUUACUCCUGAAAAGGCUACUGCUUACGUGUCGAAUAUAAAUUUUUAUCGCCAUUUAAAUCAUAUGUUUAUUUAUAAAUACUCGUACAUUGUUUUGUACUAUGAUGAAUAUUGAUAUAUACGAAAAUAAAUUAACGAAUCUUUCCUCACAAACAUCUUAUAACUUUGUUUACCUUUACACUUAUUGUCUUGUGACACAAGUUAUAUUUUAGUUAAUUGAAAUCAAUAUAAUCAUCACUGAUCGCAUCUAAUGCACAGUUAAAACAUCGAUCGAUUUAUACAAGACUGACUACAGGGUCCUAAAUUGUUCUCAUAUCAUGCAUUAGUGACUUUGCACAGGCAAGUGCAAUAACCUAUAGUAAGUAGGCCUACUUUCUAUAUAGGCCUACCGCCUUCUCAAACCACCU